CUCUUAUUUUGGCGAGGCCGUGUGACGUCAUAAGGCUGCGCUGCGCGAUUCUGCUGCUGGACAAAAAGAGAAACUCCCGCUGAAGUGACUGAGACACACAAAAUAUGGCAGUUAUUAAAGAGGAGAGAGAAGACGUGAAGAUUGAAGACACAUUCAGAGUCAAACAGGAAGAGACUGAGACACAAACAGACCUGAUGGCACUGAAAGAGGAGAGUCAAGAACUGAAUGAAAUGGAAGAGAAAAAUGUCAUGCCUGAAAAAGAAUCUUUCAGUUACUCACAGAACCAUAAAGCAGAAGCUAGAAAUCUUAAUACCCACAUGACGAUUCACACUCCAGAGGAGCUUUACACCUGCAAACUGUGUGGGAAGAGUUUCUCACUAAAAGGGAAUCUGAAGACUCACAUGAGAAUUCACACAGGAGAGAAGCCAUUCAAAUGCUCUCAGUGUGGAAGGACUUUUACACAGAAAAAAACCCUUACGGUCCACAUGAGAAUUCACCCCGGAGAGAAACCUUACACCUGUAAACCAUGUGGGCAGAGUUUCACUGAAGAACAAGACCUUAAAGGCCACUUGAAAAUCCACACUGGAAGGAAUAUGUUUACAUGCCCUCAGUGUGGAAAAAGUUUUAUUCAGAAAAAAAACCUUGAUACCCACAUGAUAAAUCACAGUGGAAAGAAGCUUUACACCUGCAAACUGUGUGGAAAGAGCUUCUCUCUAAAUAAACAUCUUAAGGCUCACAUGAAAAUUCACACAGAAGAGAAACCGUUCACAUGCUCACAGUGUGGAAAGAGUUUUAAAGGCAAAAGAGGUCUUAAUGUCCACAUGAGAAUUCACACUGGAGAGAAACCGUUCACCUGCUCUCAGUGUGGAAAGAGUUUUAAGCAGAAAAGAGAUCUAAAUGUCCACAUGACCAAUCACACUGGAGAAAAGCCUUACGGAUGCAAACUGUGUGGGAAGAGCUUCAAGCAAAAAGAAACUUUUAAGACUCACAUGAGAAUUCACACUGGAGAGGAUCCGUUUGUUUGUGAUCAGUGUGGAAAGAGCUUCAGAUGUAGAGAAUACCUCAAUCAUCACAUGAGGAUUCACUCAGGAGAGGACUGUUUUAUAUGUCAUCAGUGCGAAAGGAGUUUCACAGAGAGGAAUCAACUUGAGAAUCAUGUAAAAAUUCACAUCGGGGAGAAGCCUUACAUGUGUCAUCAAUGUGGAAUGAGUUUCACAAAUAGAUUAAACCUGGAGGAUCACAUGAUAAUUCACUCUGGAGAGACGCCUUUCACCUGCAGACUGUGUGGAAAGAGCUUCACAAUUAAAGGAGACCUUAAUAUUCACAUGAAAGUUCACUUUGGAGAGCAGCCUUACAAGUGUCAUCAGUGUGAAGAGAGUUUCACAGACAGGAAUAACCUUGAGAGUCAUGUAAAAGUUCACAUCGGGGAGAAGCCUUUCUUGUGUCCUCAUUGUGGAAAGAGUUUCUCACACAGAUCAAACUUUGAGUAUCACUUAAGAAUUCACACUGGAGAGAAGCCUUUCAGCUGCCCUCAGUGUGGAAGGAGCUUCACAGUUAAAGGAAACCUUACACUGCACAUGAGAGUUCACACUGGAGAGAAACCUUACAAGUGUCUUCAGUGUGAAAAGAGUUUCAGAAUUAAAGGAAACCUUAAGAUUCACAUGCGAGUUCACACUGGAGAGAAGCCUUACAAGUGUGUUCAGUGUGACAUGAGUUUCACAUAUCACAUAAGCCUGAAACAGCAUUUGCAAAAUCAUUGUGAAAAUAAUUUCUCGUUUUCCUUCAUGUGACGAGGUUUUUAAAAAGCAAAAAUCUGUGUAUUCACUCUGAGGAGAGACAAUUUAAUUGUGAUCAAUGCAAUAAAAUCAACACACUUAUCCGUAUUUGAAUUCAUGUAAAUGUGAGAGCCCGUUUAUGUUCUUAGUAUGACAAUAUAAAAUGCAUCUUCUUGAAAUCACAGCUGAAUGUGAGUUUGAAUGUCCACCUUAUUGACCAAUUAUUUAUUUGCAUUAUUCUAUCGUAUUAUAUACUACAUCUCUUUAUACAGGCUUUACCUUGAGCUUUAUUAUUUUAUUUUAUGCAUGUUUACUGCAGAGAGAACACCUGACCAUCUUUGCUACAGUUUAAAAUGUUAUAUGGUUGAGGUAGACACCUUUUAAUUUAGAUUAUGUAGAGGUGUUGCUAAUUGUCAUAAAAGUUCAUUAGCUUUUCUGCAAUGUCUUUGUGGGGUGUUUUGAAUGUGCUGUAAAAGAGGGAUGUAUCUGGGGAUCCCUUCAGUCAUUCAGAAAAAAACAAAAGCCAUGACUGUCCACGAAAGUACUUUCCACAAAAAAAGGGCAUGCUCAUGUUGGUAUUGUUUGUGUCAACAUAUACAGAAGCAAGAAAAGGUUUGUGAGCACUACUGAACUGAUUUGAUGGCAUGUUCAAUAAAGACAUUACAUUCACAAAAAUGUUGAAGAAGUAACUACCUGGUUGACCUGGAUGACCCACAACUGAUUUCUGAGAUUAAUGAGUCUCUUGUUUGUCCUUAAAAAUGUAACUGUCCACGACUCUUCAGAAAAAUUAUCUUGGUCCUGCACAUUCUUCUUAGGGUGCUUUUACACUUGGUUCACUUGCCUGGUCUGAACCCGAGUUCGGUUGCUCCCCCCGCCCCCGCUGGACUGUAUUCAUUUUAUAAUAUUUGAGUCUGAACCGCGGUUCGCUUGUGUCAUCAAGCCAGCAGCUGUUUACCCCGUUGUUUGGUAACGUCAGCACAGGAGAAGGCGACAAAUGCAUAACAUUACUCUCUGCACUUUUAUGUAUUAUGUUUUUGAACUGUUCGUUUUGUUUUUAAAGCUUCGGUAGAUAACGGCACUUGCGUCUGUCUUACGAAUGUACUGAAAAUGGUCUAAAGAACGUUGAGUUUUAUUGGAUCUUAGUGUUGCGUUUGACACAAUUGACCACAACAUUCUUUUGCAUAGACUUGAAUACUUUGUUGGCAUCAGUGGAAGUGCAUUAGCAUGGUUUAAAUCGUACUUAUAUGACCGCCAUCAGUUCGUAGCAGUGAAUGAAGAUGUAUCAUAUCGAUCACAAGUGCAGUAUGGAGUACCUCAAGGCUCAGUACUAGGGCCGCUACUCUUCACGCUUUAUAUGUUACCCUUGGGAGAUAUCAUCAGGAAACAUGGUGUUAGCCUUUACUGUAAUGCUGAUGAUACUCAGCUCUAUAUUUCUUCGCGGCCCGGUGAAACACACCAAUUUGAAAAACUAAUGGAAUGCAUAGUCGAUAUAAAAACUGGAUGACGAGUAAUUUCUUACUGCUAAAUUCUGAAAAAACAGAGGUGUUAAUUAUAGGACCUAAAAACUCAGCUUUCAAUCAACUAGAACACUGUCUAAGACUUGAUGGUUGAAAGGACCUCUACAUCCCUGAAAGACAGCGGAGACCAGGACAACUAGAGCCCCAGAUACAGAUCCCCUGUAAAGACCUUGUCUCAGAGGAGCACCAGGACAAGACCACAGGAAACAGAUGAUUCUUCUGCACAAUCUGACUUUGCUGCAGCCUGGAAUUGAACUACUGGUUUCGUCUGGUCAGAGGAGAACUGACCCCAACUGAGCCUGGUUUCUCCCAAGGUUUUUUCUCCAUUCUGUCACCAAUGGAGUUUCGGUUCCUUGCCGCUGUCGCCUCUGGCUUGCUUAGUUGGGGUCACUUCAUCUACAGCGAUAUCGUUGACUUGAUUGCAAAUAAAUGCACACUAUUUAACUGAACAGAGAUGACAUCACUGAAUUAAAUGAUGAACUGCCUUUAACUAUCAUUUUGCAUUAUUGAGACACUGGGCCCUAUUUUUAAUGAUCUGAAAUGCAAGUGUCAAAGCACCAAGCGCAAGUAACUUUGUGGGCGGGUCUCGGUGCUGUUGCUAUUUUCCCAGCGGGAUAAAUGGCUCUUGCGCCCUGCGCAAAUCUAAAAUAGGUUGGUCUGAAGUAGCUUCAUUAUUCAUAGGU